AUGAGCACAUUCUGCAACAACUAGCUUUUGGACUAAUUAUCACAAAUAAAUACAUAAAGCACUAACAAAAUAGUUGAGGAAGAGACUAAUAUUAUUGCCAGAAUAGAUGAAAAAUACGGAGAACCAAUGAUGCCAGAGAGCGAUUCAAUGGAGGAGGAGAAAGGAUUAAUGAUGAUUAAUACUUAUGAGAGGAAGUAAUUGAAGAUGAAGAAGCAUAAGAGAGUUAAGAGAAGAAAGCUUCUCAGAAAUCUCCUCAAAUAGCCAGAAAGUCUAGUUAAGCCUCAAAGACUUGUACCCAAGCUGCCUAAAGACAAAUCUAAAGAUAAGAAGUAAUCAAAGGGAACUUAGUUACUUAGUUUCAUGGUAACUGCCAUGUUUUUCCCGUCUUAUGUAAUGUUCAGUACAUUGAAAUCAGCAGCAAAGCUGCCCCUUAUGCCUGCAUUAUGGAUUAUCAAAAAGUUCUAUCCAAAUAUUGUUGACGAUAUAAGUGUGAAAUCGAGAGAAAUUAAGAGUUCAGUAAAGGACUAAGCUGGCAAAAGCUUUAUGACUAUGAGCAGUUUAAUGGCAAAAUCAGUUCUCCUAAUGAUGACGUUAGCUCUAUCUAUGAUGAUAGGGACAUUUUUCUAUGCCUUUAUAUUCUAUGUAAUAAUGCCUCAUGAUGCCUAGAUUAAGCCUCUAUCCUUCUAAGUUUCCUCAAUAAUAGACUAACGAAUUGAUGAGAAAUCCAACUUAAUCAGUCAACCAUAAUUAGUUGCUUUGGUACCAGUAGGUUCCUAAAAAUCAGGAUUUAAAAAUACUUAAGAUGUUGAGAUUGAUUUAAGAAUGGACGAUGAACUCUACAACAUCGAUGUUGAUUUCGGAGUUUCUGAAAGUGACUACAAUAUGUAAAAAGGAAAUAUCUACCUGAAUGCGAAAGUGAGUUCCUAUGUUAAAAAGCAUGACACUCUAAGUUAUCAUAGAAUAAGUCACAUUUCUUACAAGUCUGGUUAUAUCAUUUGGGUCAAAGAAAUGUUCAGAUAUGUGCCAGUAAUCAACAUAUUUUGCAAUUGUGAGCCUAAGCAAACAGUUACUGUUCAUAUUGUGGAGAAUUUUAACAAUGCUGAGUUCUAAGCAAAAGCAAUUGAGAUAAUUUUGAGUAAUGCUUCAAUUGUAUUUUCUGAUGCAGUGCUAAGGAUUACACCAGCUCUGUUUGGAAUAAGGUACUUAAUGGGCAGUUGGUUUUUCACCUCAUCUUUCAUAUUCAUCACUAUAUUCACUUCAAUUAUCUUUGUUACCUUCAUAGCAUUUUAUUUGGUGGCUAGAACACAAAUAAAGCAUUUACUGUUUAAUAUGUACCCCUAAGCUAAAAAAUCCAAAUCUAAGAAGAAUUAAUUCUUGCAAAAGAAAAAACAAUAUAAGGAAAAGGAUGAAGAUAUUGAUUCGUCUCAGUAAUAGACAGAUAUAUUCUCAGAUUUCGAGUCCUCAGACUAACAUGCUCAUACUGAUGAAGAUCAUGAUUAAGAGGAACAAUAUGAUCCCAAUAAAUUAAUGGAAGGUAGAUGUGUAGCCGAAAGAAUAUUUGUAUUUCUCAUAAGAGCUCUGGUAGAGUGA